ACAGCUUUUAAAUUUUGUUAGGUUACAAAAUUAACUUAUGGAAUCAUAACCUUGCCGAUUACUUUUGUAUAAAAUCAAUUAUAUAAGUUCUUCGAUAUAUUUAUAAAAUUACAAGUGCUUUAAUUAACAAAGAAUAAUGAAAAUUUUUAAAGAAUCGGCGAGUUUAAUUCUAGCAGCUAGACAUAUGCAAAAAUAUAUUCGUUCUUCACCUCCUACAAACUUUCAGUACAAUUAUAAUUUGUUGUGCCUGAAACGACACCAUAAUUCAAACUUUUUGCCGAGCACAUAUGUGUUCCCUGGAGGGGUAGUGCAUUCAUCUGACGCGGAUUUGAAAUGGCACAAUCUUUUUUCCACGUUUGGCGUCGACACCAACAGCUUUGCAUCUUUAGUACCAAAUAGUGCUGUACGACCUCGAAUUUUUAAACCGAAACCAAACGAAUUACCAAAAGAAAUUUCCUUACGAAUUACCGCUAUCCGUGAAACCUUCGAAGAAUGCGGCAUAUUAAUUUGCAAAAAAUCGCCAAACCACCUACAUUCUGAUUGGGCAGAACACGUUGAAAUUUCCGAAAUUGAAUUGCACGAUUGGCAGACGAAGGUGCAUAACGAUGCCACGGAAUUUUAUACGUUAUGCGAGAACUUUAAGUGUUACCCAGACUUGUGGGCCCUUUACGAAUGGAGCAAUUGGUUGACACCGACUUAUUUCCCCGGAAGACGUUACGAUACUGUGUUUUAUUUAGCCUGCGUGCCAAUUAUGCUUCGCACUAUGUGCGAAGUUACGGAAAUAGAGGACUUGAAAGUAAAAUUCUACUCAAUGUGGGAUGUGCCAGGAAAUUUUAUAUUUUCUUCUUCGGGUAUUGUAUUACCACCUCCUCAACAAUAUGAAAUUGCAAGAAUAGCAAAAUUUGAAAGUAUAGAUAAUUUGCUAGAUUUUGCAAUCGAUCGUAGCAAAAUGGGAGUGCGUUUGAAUCUGCCAGUGAAAGUGGAGUUAAAAGAUGGUAAAGUGCAUGUUUUGCCAGGAGACUCGAUGUAUCCCAAACAUGCUAACUUAUUUGACGAGCAAAUAAUCGACAGAACCGACGUUACUAUUAGCGAGUUUCGAGAUAUAUCGCCCAUAAAAAAUAGAAUGGAGUUUUUUAAUUUAGAAGUCAAGGAGCUUUUCGUUCAAAAUUUCGAUAGUGUGGAUGGUCAUUUACCUCCUAUGCAAUUGAAAAAUAUUCGUGUGAAACAGACACACAAAAAGUCAAAAUUAUGAUACAUUAAAUAUUCGUCCCUAUUGUGAAAGUGAAUUAUGAAUAGAUAAUAAUUGUAAAUAA